AGCACUCGUCUGAUUUUAGAAAAAAUCAGCUUAUUAAUCAAGAUUCCAGUUGACUUCAAUGGAACACAUUCCCAUCGAUAUUCAUGUAAACAAGUUACAAGAUUGGUUACUUACUCGAAAAGUAUGCAAAGAUAAUCCUGAUAAGUUGUUGAAUCUUAAAAAAAGUUUCAAACAACUUCAAACAAAAUUUAAAUCAGAUGUUAAAUUAAAAGAUACUUCUCUAUAUUAUGAUUGGAAAUUAUUUUUCAAUAAUCAAGAACCCAAAGAAACUAAAAAUAUGUUUGGAAAAUUUAACUCUGAUUAUAUGAAUGAAAUUAAAUCAUUAUUAGAUAGUUAUGAAAAAGAUAAUCUAUACAUAUAUGAGAUAGCAAGAAUUAUAGCUCAAAAUUGUAUAUAUGAAAUUCCCUAUCUAAAAAAAGAAAUAAAUAAAGCUCAGGAAUUAAAACAACAAUACCUAAAUAAAGAAAUUGAAUAUGGUAGCAAAGUAACAUCAUAUCAAACAGAAUUUAAAGAAAAAUGCAAAGAUAUAAAUAUCAAAGGUGAAAAUAUUAACUUAGAAUUAAAUCAAUGCCUUGAUAAGAUUCCUUCAACACUUAAUGAACUUUAUACAAAAGUUUUAGAUAUAAAAAAUGCUAACAAUUAUUACAAAGAAUUUUCAGCAGCUUUAGAUAGUUUCUCCACCAUUGACAAAGAUUCAAGUAUUAUCAAAGAACGACUCCCCAUAAUAAACUCUAUCAUACAUGGAAAACCCGAGAUGCUGAUACCCACCGAAAAAUACAACCUAUUAUCUAAUGGACAUGAAAAACAGCAAUCCUCACAAAAUGCCACUUUGGAAGAUACGAAAGCUUCGGAAGGUGGCGGGGAUUCUAACGAGGUAUUCACCAUCGAAGUCAUUGAUGAAGGAAUAGACAUUUCAACACCGGAAACGAAUGAAUCCGACCAAAAUGAGUACAAACUCGAGAAGACAAGACAAUUUUACGAAACUUUUCCACUCGGCAAAAAAGAUUUUAGAAACGCUUUAAUCGAUGAAUUGAGAGAGCUGGAAGCCUUCCUGUCCCUAAGGCUGGUUCUCAACUCACAGGAAAGUACGUCCGCGAAAGAUAACGAUGACUUAGCCCUCUCCCUUUUUGUUCAAUCGCAAAACCCUGUUUUUUCGGCGUUCGCCCACUUGCUGGAAAAGCACGAACAAAUGGACAAACAACAAACUAUCUCCGAUUACUCACAAAGCGUAAAAGGGGCUUUGAAUUUUGCAUUAAAUGAUCCCAAAGUUUCCAACCUGCUGCUGCUCUUAAACGAUAGAGAUUAUGUCAAAAAACUUUGCGAUAUUUUGAAUCGUAAGCUAUCGCUAUCGAAGAAAAUGGAGGAAGCAAAAUUGGAAGCUAGUUAUAAACGGACAGAGGCUGAAGAUACCUGUAAAGUGUUAGGCAAACAAUUGGAUCUUUGCUUCAAAACUAACAAAACCUUGAAACUUAAACUGGAAAAAGAAAUUUCAGUCAGGUAUCAAAACAGACCCGUCAACAUUAUAGGCAUGGUCUUUUCUUGAAAUCGAUUGGGAUAUGAACAUAGAAGCGAAUUAAUUUAUUUAAAAUAAGUAUUUUUGAUUUAUUUUGUAAACCUAAAGUUAUUAUUUAUAAAUUGUUAUCGUUUUUUUUAUUGGGCGCAAUAUUUUUUUAUAUAAAAAUUAAUAAAAUAUUUUAUUAUUUAUAAAAAGGAUUUAUAAAAUUUAGUAGGAUGAGCCAUUUUAUUAAAUUAUUCAAAAGAU